GGAGAGAGAUGGCUGCGACGACCGCGGUGAUCCCGUCGGAGAACGAGGCGCUGGCCACGGAGGCGCCUUACGCGCCGGUGACCUACGAGAGGAGGGUCCGUGCUGACUUGGAGAGGACGCUUCCGAAGCCCUGGACAUUUGUCUUUCCUUCUCAUGGAAGCAAUCAGAGUUUCCUGGGAAAAUAUAUUUGCUGAGAUCAGGAUCAUUGAGGGCUGGACAUAUGGAAUAUAUAUAAUUGGAGAGGCAAGUAGAUGUCCUUUCAAGACCUCAUGCGCUGAUCUGCCCAGGGCAUUGAAAGCUCCUGAUACUGAUCAUCCUUAUGGAACACCAGGGCAUAGGAGUAAUAAUCUCAGUGUUCUUCAGCAGCACUGUGCCUUCUUCGACCAGGAUGGUGAUGGGAUUAUCUACCCUUGGGAGACUUACAUUGGGUUACGUGCAAUAGGUUUCAACACAAUAGCCUCUCUGAUCAUGACAAUUGGAAUUAACUUGGCACUAAGUUAUCCAACCCAACCUGGUUGGUUUCCUUCUCCCUUCUUCCCCAUUUACAUAGACAACAUUCACAAAGACAAGCACGGAAGUGACACUGGAACAUAUGACACAGAAGGAAGGUAUAUACCAGCACAUCUCGAGAACAUGUUCAGCAAAUAUGCUCGUACUGUUCCUGACAAGAUUACCCUUGGAGAACUUUGGGACAUGACUGAAGGGAAUCGACAUGCAUUCGAUGUCUUUGGCUGGGUUGUGAGCAAGCUUGAAUGGGGAGUUCUGAACAUCCUGGCGAGGGACGAGGACGGCAUGCUGUCGAAAGAAGCCGUGAGACGCUGCUUCGAUGGGAGUUUAUUCGACUAUUGUGCCAAGAUGCAAAUGGGAGCUGAAGGAAAGGGCUAAACUAGAAGCAGUGUGUAGUCUGUCGCUUCUUGUGUAAUGAGUAGUGAAAAUGACCAGUGUACAGACAAAAAAACCUCGUUAGUUUCACAUUCAUAGUCUGGAGUGCCCCCUUGUUAAAUAUGAGUUGAACAUACUUUUGUUUGCUUAAAUAAUGAAAGACUGCCCUAGUUUGUGA